CGCAAAAGAAAUCGGAUACUUCUCACCUCUCCACGGCACAUUGAAGAGUUGACCUUCUCAAAGCUCGACGCUGACUGCAUUGCAUUGAUCUCGAAGACAGGUUUUCUGGUUCCCAGUGCACGCCGGAAAGACAAAGACAAAAGCAUCGGGCCACCCAGUUACGGAGGGGUAGUAUUCCCCCUUAUCCGAAACCUCGGUCUCCGAAUCCUUCGACGACGACAGUUGAUAACAACCAGACCGCAUCAAAAUGGGCUCUUUUGGUGAAGUAACUGAAUUUGGUCAUGGCUUCAAGUCGCAUUUUCUGUUUGAUCCCAAAUAUACCAAUUUAAAUCAUGGAUCGUUUGGAAGCUACUCUCUACCUGUUCGCAAUGCCCUACGGGGCUAUCAGAAGCUUGCCGAAGCAGCACCGGAUAAAUUCUUGAGAUAUCAAUACAUUGAUCUGCUCGACAAAGCAAGAGAGCGUAUUGCACGACUUCUCAAUGUGCCGGUGGACGAAUGCGUGUUCGUCCAGAAUGCGACAUCUGGGGUCAACACUGUUCUGCGAAACCUGCAGUACAAGGAAAAAGACUGCAUAAUCUAUUUUGAUACCAUCUAUGGAGCUUGUGAGAAGACUCUAGCUUCAAUCGUCGAGACAAACCCUCAAGUUCAUCUUCGAAAAGUCGGCCAUGGACAAGACUUUGGCUAUUCGCUGCCCUGCACACAUCCUGAAAUUCUCAACGCUCUUUCACAAACCAUAUCUCGCGUCAUUUACGAUGGAUAUACACCCAAGGUUUGCAUAUUUGACACCAUAGUCUCUCUACCCGGCGUCCGCUUCCCGUUUGAGAGGAUUACGAAAAUGUGCAAAGAAUAUGGCAUACUCAGUUUGAUCGAUGGCGCACAUGGUGUUGGCAUGAUUCCGCUGAACCUCGCUCAACUCGAUGCUGACUUCUUUGUGAGCAAUUGUCACAAAUGGCUCUACACACCUCGAGGCUGUGCGGUGUUUCACGUACCCAAGCGCAACCAACACCUCAUCCGAACAACAUUCCCUACUUCGCAUGGAUACAUACCUCGCACCAAUUCACCAUCCGUAAUUCGCAACCCACUGCCUCCGACAGAGAAGUCUGAAUUUGUAAAUCUGUUCCAAUUCGUCGCGACUGUCGACAGCUCGCCUUACUAUUGCGUACCGGCCGCUCUGAACUUCCGCCAGAACCUUUGCGGUGGCGAGGAGGCCAUCUACAACUACAUCCGUGACAUUGCUCAGCGAGGAGCUGAUUUGCUUGCCAUGGUCCUAGGAACCGAGGUUAUGGAUGAUCUGGAUGCUGGCUACGGUCUGAAAACAAUGGGAAGCUACGAAGCCACCGAUCGACGAGAGGGAGGGAGGACAGGUUGGUCUGGCGGUCUGCGAGACUGCGCUAUGGCUAAUGUCCUGCUGCCAAUCACGAUCGUUGAUGCAGCUGCUCGGGGAAGCAUCAGCAUGGGACCUGGUGGAGCGGGUAGCGCGGGCGGCCUGUCACCUGCACUACGGCAAAGUUCGUAUGGCUUUCCUAACCCAGGCAACAACACGCAGACCCUCUCUUCGACUUCUGGUGGUCUUUUAGGCGAACCGACCGUCUCACGCUCACCCAUGGGUUCUCCGAGUAUUUAUUCGGCAGGCCCUAUUAUCGUGCAAGAAGCCGAUGUUCCAACUCACAAGGCAUGGAUGGAGAAGACGUUGGUGGAUGAAUUCAACACGUUCGUGGCGAUCUACGAGUACGAGGGCAGAGUGUGGACUCGCAUUUCUGGCCAGAUCUAUCUAGAACUCAAGGACUUUGAGUGGCUGGGGGAAGUGCUCAAAGGACUUUGCGAACGUAUCCGAGCCGGAGAGAGUUUGCGGGGCAAGGAGCCGAAAUUCAACAUCAACGAGCAGCUGGAAGCUAUGACCCUACAGUCGCCGAAACCACCAUCGCGACAGGGGACGGCAGGAUCCACGAGGAGAUUCGACAUCACCCAGGGAGGAUGGGUCGAGGAGUGAGGAGUUACUGUGAUAUGCUUUCCCCAGAGAUGGAAGAGCUGGGGUUUGGUCUGUGGUCUUUUUGUAUUGUAUAUCCGGCCCGUCUUCCGCAAUUGAACAGGAACCCGCUGUUGGUCAAAACCGAGCAGAUGUUUUGAUGGAUGAACGUGGUAUGAAGUCGGAGAAGGACGACGUUAAGUGACAGUUGACGUUGCACAUGGUGUGUCAUGUCCCUGGGAGAGAAUUUCCCGCUAUUCUCCUCGAGGAGAGGCGGUGACUAAGAAGUACUCUUUUUUUCGCCUUGUCAUGGGCCAUCGUGGCCAUCAGGAAAACUCUGAGGCUGCACGUGAACAGGUCAAGGGCGAAAACGCUCCCUUUGGCUCCUUCAGCACCGACGCCAAGCGCCUUUCCCCGGAUUUGGAUCAUAUCAAGC